ACAGAGGUGCCAAAAAAAAGAAGACAAGCGAUUUUGACGCGUCAAAUCGCAGUCCCCGAAACGAAACAGAACCGACGACAGAAAGCGGCAAGGAAAAAGUGCGUGCGUGCUUCAAUAUCGAUGGAAAACGACCGUUCGUCUGCGUAUUAGCGUACAAAUCCUGGUGCCCCCGGCGUUGAAUCGCCCACCAGCCUGGAGAGGAGACCGGAUCGUUCCACCCAUCAUACGGCGGCAGUGCUUACAAGGCAGCAAGGGCUAUCAUGAACCCCUACGGUAAUGGUUUCCCGUGUAUGCACCAACUCUGUAUGUUUCUGUGUUUAUGUGUAACCUGUGCGAGGGGUUUGAGUUUCGUUUGCAAUUAGCUGAUUUGCGUUUUCUUCCUGCCCGUGUCCGUGAAUUGUUAAAUCCUGUCGGCGGGUAGCACACCGCACCGGGCUUGCAAUUGGGAACUGCUUGGACUAGUGCAGACGGUUAACGGUGAAGGGGGUUUCAUCUGCCGGUAGCCAGGAUCAUCCGUCCUGUUCCAUCGAUGUUAGCCUUUGUGUUAGAUUAUUAGAGCAAUAGUGUUGUCCUCGUGAUCUUUCUCGAUCUGCUCCGGUGCUGACGAUCGACAGGCUUUUUGCGCAGGCCGUGAUCGUGAUCGCAGCAAUAUAUCCUACGUUUAGAAGUAGCAAAAGUUCAAUUCAGUAAUUGCACGAAUAAUUUAAACUUCAGCUCCUUAUAUCUUUCCCGGGGAAAACUUUCCAUCCGACCGUGAUUUUGCUACCAGUCAACCUACAAUCCUACAGCGCUGCAGCAUAUCCGUGUAGAGGCGUAGAGUUUGCCCCAUUUCCUGUUGUAAUAGUGUACAUAAACCGCACACCGCAUUACGUUACCUCUUCUUUCCAGCACCGUUCUGUUGUUAUGUUGUAAAUAAUGAAUUCCUGUUUUAUUUUUUUUCUUUCUUUUUCUCUCUUUUCUCUUCCUCCUGUUUGUAUGAUCGUUAAACCCGUACAAAACCACACCGACACACACAAAAUAUCCUGCUCUAGCUGUCGUAAUCGACGCGAAGAAGCGGAAAGCAAGCGAAUAGCGAAAUAGUAGUGAAUAGAAUCUUGAAUAGCAAGCCUCGUUACGAGUUAUCCUUUUUGCGAAAUUUAUUUGUGCCUAAUUUUGCACAGACACGCCUCGUCUGCGCAUCCCCUUUGCUGUGUAUAAUUUCCGCGUGUUUCAACUUUCCUAGCUUCAUUCCCGCUACAACACACACCGUUCGGCCCUUUGGGCUAGAGCACUCUUACAGUUCAGAUAAAUAGAUUUUUUGGCCAAUCAAGCACCACACACUCUGCUCCCCUUCUAUUCGGUAAUAACGGUCACUCACGGCCGACCCACACCGCUCUAGCACUGGAAACUCUUUCCGAUCAAGUUCAGGAAAACUGCACAUACAUACCACACACACACACACGCCUAGACAUACGUAAACAAACGCACACAUACAUUAAGCAAAACAAAAAACAAAAAAGCCAUGGCUAAUAAAAUGGUCGGGAAGGGUAAAUUACCUGUUGAAUCGGAGGACGCGCAAAAGCUUCGGUUUCAGGUGGAGCUGGAGUUUGUGCAAUGCUUAGCAAAUCCCAACUAUCUGCACUUUUUAGCCCAGCGAGGAUACUUCAAAGAUGCUGCCUUCGUAAACUACCUGAAGUAUCUGCUGUACUGGAAGGAGCCGGAGUACGCGAAAUACCUCAAGUUUCCCAUGUGUCUGUACUUUCUCGAUCUGCUGCAGUACGAGCAUUUUCGGCGCGAGAUCGUCAGCGCACAGUGCUGCAAGUUUAUCGACGACCAGGCGAUCCUGCUGUGGCAGCACUACACCCGGCGGCGCACGCGGCUGACCGCGCUCGGCACCACCAGCCUGACGGGGCUGGCGGUGGGCGGCCAGCCGGUCGGUGGCGGUGUCCAAGGGACGCUACUAUCGAACGAUCCCGCCAUCAUGCCCAACAGUAGCAGUAACAAUGGUAGCAAUAAUGGAAGCUCGAACAGUAGUAACAACGGUGCCGGCGGUGGCACCGGUGGUGUUGGUGGCGUCGGUGGCAUUAGUAACGCCAACAAUGGUAGUAGCAACAACGGCCCCAACAGUGGCAGCGUGAAUGUACCGUCGUCGGUAGGGCAGCAGCAGCAGCAGCAGCAGCAGAACGGUGCAGGAAUCACACAGCACAACGGAGUGGGCGGUGGGGGCGGCGUGGUGGGUGGCGGUGGCAUGCUGGGCAAUCCGAUGGGGGCAUUGGGCGGUGGUGGCAGCAGUUUACCCGGUGGAGGCGGCAUCAAUCAAAAAGUUCCUUAAAGCGCGGAGCGGGACUCACUCGAGCCAGUGUGCCAGCAGAGUGCGGGGUCUCGGACCAAUCUCGGAAGAAACGGCAAAUGCCGCUUGCAAAACGUGUGUGUGACGUUUUCUUUUUUGUAUAAAGACUGUUUUUUUUAUAAAUACUGUAUAGCCUGUAUGUGGUAUAGAUUGUAAACGAACAAUAGAGAUAAUUAAAUUUCAA